UAUUAUUACAAGUUUUACAUUAAAGAGUUGAAAAUACUCCCAUAACUGAUGAGAAUAGUCAUGGAUGCAGGAUAAAGCACUGUUUAAUUCAACUUAAUAAUGAUAUCAUAUGAAAGACUAGGCUCUUGCUGUGUUGCUGACUGACUGUGAUAUGCUAUCAUGACUGAAACUCAACAAGUCAUAAGCUCUCUGGUCUCUUUACCUGAGAAAGUAAUGAGUGAAAUCGUUGAUUGCCAACACCUGCGCAUGUUGAGCAGCCGCAGCACGUGCUUGGUCCUGUUUACCUUGAGCUCUCAAGGUUUCUCUAAGUUUUUCUGGUUACGUUAUUUAUAAAUGAAAAAACAAAUGCUGAUGUCAGCAGUCCUUCGUUAUUUUCGCAUGGUUUUCUUACUGCUGCUGGUCACCUGCGGCUGCCCGCUGGUUGAAUCUUCUCUGGCUGCCUCCAAUGCGCUGCACAACCCGGUCGACUUCACCUUCCCUUACGGCAGCAUCUUCUCCCCGCUGCUCAAAGCCUUGUCAGAGCACGGAGGGUCGAGGUGGAACCCAGGACUGAAGAGAAAGAUUAAGCCCGAGCACAGGUACAUGAAAUAUCUGACGGAGGUUUACAAAAAGUCCGCCAGAGUGCAGAGGAGCGUGGACGGGAAUAAUAUCUACAACACGGUCCGACUGAUCAAGCCACAAGAUGAAUGUCUUGAACACAGUAAUAAAGAGAGCUUUAUGCAGGAUCUUUCCUACAGCCUUGAUCAAGUAAGAAGAAAAGAACAGCUUCAGAAGUCGACCCUGCUGUACAAUUUUGACCCGGACCAUGCUGCACCUGUCAACUCUGUAUGCUACCUGCGUCUCAAGGAGCAGGAGCACUCAAACCAGUGUCCGCUGUGUCCCGGGUUCCACCACGCAGUGAACUUCACAGUCAGCAGGGAUGGGAGGAGAGGGAGGAAUUGGGUGGAGGUUGACAUCACGUUGUUUCUCCGGCCUCUCUUAAAGUUUGAGAAGAAGAACAUACACCUGCUCAUCAACGUCACCUGCCCAGAGGAACAAACGGCACUGAAGUUCCACAUGAGGUCCCCUCCUCUGCUUCUUUAUCUCAAUGAUGCAAACAAAAUUGCCCAUCAGAAGUUCAUGAGUCCAGCCACUGCAGCAAACAAAUUUCACAAGCAGAUGGUUUUCGAACCAGAGCACAGGAUUAGGCGAAAGAGGAGACGGAAGAGAGAAUCUCCAAAGAGCAAACGGGGCGAUAAAAGUCUGGAUAUCCACCUGCCUGAGCUUCUUCCAAGCUCUGAAUUCCAGACAAGCGACUGUGCCUUGUAUGAUUUCAGGGUGCGAUUCAGCCAGCUCAAACUGGAUCACUGGAUUGUUUUUCCACCAAAGUACAACCCCAGGUACUGCAGAGGCAUCUGCCCGAGGACCGUGGGCUUCAUCUACGGCUCACCUGUCCACACCAUGGUGCAAAACAUCAUCUAUGAGAAGCUUGACUCCUCUGUGCCCAGGCCCUCGUGCGUUCCCUCCCAUUACAGCCCCCUGAGUGUCAUGAUCUUUGAAGAGGACGGCUCCUACGUCUACAAGGAGUUUGAGGACAUGGUUGCCACCCGGUGCACGUGUCGCUAAGCCUACUACCAGCACAUCUUGUUCUUUUUGUCCCUCCUUUAUAUAGGCUGAAUAAACCAUCACCACAAACCUCCUCAACAGUUGUCUCAGGUGGAUUCUAUCCAAGUAUUGGAUAUUCUGACCAGGCUCAGUGAUUUCAUUAAUUCAGAAAAUCGUUGUGCAUUAAGUUUGAUCUGGAGCAGGUGUGUUUACUAAACAAAAAGUAUUUUAUCCUUGUGAAAAAUGUGGAAAGGUGAAAUUGAUUUCCUUUUUUGUUGAGGUGUGAAAAAGGGUUUCGAUGUAUCCUGUUCUUCAACCUUCUAUUUGCAACAUAUUAUUGAAUCCAACACACUUAAAGAAGAAAAUGAGUGUUGUAUGAUUUUGUAUAUUCUUUUAAGUUAGUUUUGGUUAACUUAUUUUGGGUGGGUGGUCUGUCAUUAUCCUGUGAUGUAACACAAUUGCCCUGUUCUGGACAAAAUAUGAAAAAGCAGUCACAAACUCUUAUCAAACCUUUUACAUAUCGUUUUAUUCCUGGGGGUUAGAGACGGCUGUCUGAAUAGCAGCAGCCCUCAAAAUGUCCAGAAUGAAAGCUGUCGAGGUUUCAGUGUGUAUUUAUUACUUCUGGUCACUGCGUGACUGCUAAGGUAUGAAUUUGUACUAGUUGAAUGUGACUACAUGCAUGUCAUGUCUAUUUAUGCAAAUUGAAUGAUUUCACUGUGUGUUUGUGUUCAGCUUAGGGAUAUUCAAAAGAGUGAAAAUAUGUUGACUGUUUGAGAAGUUGGAAAAUAUAUAACAUGAAUAAAUGUUGUUGGCAUA